CAAGCAGGGACCAUUUUCACUAGAUCUGCAUCACUGUACUAAUUACAUGUUUUAAAACGACUGCCUAAAGGAUCUAAACUCACUGAAGGAAAUUACCAAUGGCAGAUAUGUUUCUGAUAUGAUGCGCAUGCGCAUACACAUGUACAGUUCUCCACGUUGGACCAGACGCAAUCAAUACAUAGUUGAGUUACAAGAUUCUCCAGUUGGAUUGAAUACAUUGUAUGAAGUUCAUUAAACGGCAAAUAUAAAGUUGCUGCUUUGUGUGGACUUCGACAGAAGAACAUGCUAAAUCCGGCAAACGGUGACCCGGUCCACGUCGUUACAAAUUAUGUGGAAGAAUAUUUGGACUUGGUGGAAUCACUACCAUUCGACCUACAGAGGAGCGUGUCUCUUAUGAAAGAAAUUGACGCAAAAUACCAAGAUGUCCUGCAGGAGCUGGAUGAUGCUUAUGAGCGCUACCGUCGGGAGUCCGACCCUCUCCAGCGGCGCAGAAUGCAGCUGUCCAUCCAGAGAGCUCUCAUCAGCAGCCAGGAGCUAGGAGAUGAGAAGAUCCAGAUUGCUGGGCAGAUGGUGGAAUUGGUGGAGAACCGUAGCCGGCAGGUGGACUGGCAUUCUGAGCUCCUCCACACCUCCCAGGAGAUCCCAGAGAUCCAUGUACCCACAUCAACUGCUAUGACGACGACUACAGCCUCCAUGUCAACGUCAGCAGUGACAACCACACCGGGCAAAGUGGGUCACCACGACAAGAGGCGUGAUGAGGCAACGCCAGGCUCAGUCGGUGGAGGGGAAAAGUCUGGCGGGAAACGUUCGCGGCGGCAGAAGAACGGAGAGAACCGGGAGAGCUAUGGAGGCAUGGAUCAUGGUGAUGAGGCGGGCAUGGGGGCAGCCAGGGAAAAGAGGGCCAAAAUGUCAUCGUCCAAGAAGAAGAAGAGGUCAAAGGGCAAAUCAGAGAGGGAGGUGUCACCCCCAGACCUGCCCAUCGACCCAGAUGAGCCCACCUACUGCCUGUGUGAACAGGUGUCUUACGGCGAGAUGAUUGGCUGUGAUAAUGACGAGUGUCCCAUUGAAUGGUUCCACUUCUCCUGUGUGGGGCUACAUCACAAGCCCAAGGGGAAGUGGUUCUGCCCCAAAUGCAGGGGUGAGAAUGAGAAGAUCAUGGACAAGGCCCUGGAGAGGGUGAAGAAGGAGAGGGCCUACAACAGGUAGCUGCUCUACCCUGCCCAGUGAACGUGGUUUGUGAUCAUGUUAAUUUUGUUUUUUGUUGUAUUUUCUACUCCCAAUUAGUAUCAAUGCUGUUUGAAAAUGAAGAAUUGGGGCCUCCCUAGUGGUACAUCAGUCUAAGGCGUCACUACAGACCCGGGUUCAAUCCCAGGCUGUGUCGCAGCCGGCCGUGACCGGGAGACCCAUGAGGCGGCACACAAUUGUCCCAGCGUCUCCGGGUUAGGGGAGGCUUUGGCCGGCCGAGAUGUCCUUGUCCCAUCGCUCUCUUGUCGCUAGUUGUACGGUGUUUCCUCCAACACAUUGGUGCGGCUGGCUUCCGGGUUAAGCAAGCAGUGUGGCUUGGCAGGGUUGUGUUUUGGAGGACGCAUGGCUCUCGACCUUCGCCUCUUCCGAGUCUGUACGGAAUUGCAGCAAUGGGACAAGACUAACUACCAAUUGGAUAUCACAGUUGGAGAAUGGGUUAAAAAGUACAAAUGAAGAAUUAGAAAGAGGGACUUGUCAUUUUAGUAAAGGCUGUACUGUAAAAUGGACAUCCUAGUUUAGUACCACUUGUUUAGAGCAGAUAUGUAAUACAGAUUAUUGUAUCAUAGCCACACCAAUGAUUGUUGACGCUAGUGUAUCAUGCAUGCAACCAUACUAGCCAUAUUUCUCCAUACGAACAAAUAAAACAUUUUAACCAAGA